GUACUCGCACGCUGGCGAUCCGUUCCAAGGACCCCCGUUUUCACAAAAUUGUAGUUCCGAAGCCCGUUCCGAGGACCCUCCUUUUAACAAUAAGCCCGCUCCAAGGCCCCCGUUUUUUGUCUCGUCCGCGGCACACCCCUCCCACUUUUUUGGUCGAGUGCCCCCCCCCCCCGGGAUUCAGCGUAGGCCCUUUGAACGGGUCAGAUUGAUCGAAGUCCAUAUUUGUUUACCACUUUAGGUGAGUUGAAUGUUCAUAUAUCGUUGUCUGACAAUCGUACACUGGAGAGAAUUAUAUGUAUCUUCAAAACAGUAGCUUUAUUAUAUGACGAUCACUUUUGCGUUUCAGCAGUGAUAUGCGAUUUCAAUUUUAUUUCAUUUCACAAAAGACGGAAUUUGAUAUCUAAAAUGCCGUCGUGGAAUACUAUUCAGAAAGCCGCUCUAGUUGCAGGUGUUUCCAUACCUCCAGGUUACGCGUGGCUUCGGUGGAAAUACCCUCAGCUAUGGACCGACAUAGAUUUUUACCGAAAGUUAAAAGUCUACUUCAAAAUGAUGGAGCACUGCCAGAACUCGAAGCUCUCUAUUCUCCACUUCUUCGAAGAACAUGCCAGGAAACAACCCAACCAUCCCUGUAUUUUAUUUGAGAAUGAGACGUACACCUAUGGAGAGGUGGCUGCUAAUGUGAACCGCACAGCUCGGUGGGUCCUAGGUUCGGAUCCCAGCUUGAAGAAAGGAGACGCGGUGUGUGUUCUAUUACACAAUGGACCUACUAUCGUUUGGACUUGGUUAGGGUUGCAAAAGAAGGGUAUCAUAUCAAGUAUGAUCAACAACAAUCUAAAAGGACAGGCUCUCCUACACUGUAUUAAAUCAAGCUACGCAAAAUACAUCAUCUUCGGUUCAGAGUUUCUAGAUGCGAUCAUCGACAUCAAAGAUGCCCUACGAGAUCUGAAUAUGGGUUUGUGGAUGAUCAAUGAUACUCGCAUACCUGGUCUCCUACCACCCGAUGAUGUGGUUACCAUGGAGAUAUCAACCAUGUCUGGAGAACACCUCCCCACUGUACCAAUCACUGGUCUCUCAGAUGUCGUUUCUUAUAUAUUUACAUCUGGAACAACAGGAAUGCCUAAGCCUGCCGUCAUCGGUCAUAACAAGCCCCUAGCUGCUGCCCUCUUCUAUCAUGUCAACACCGGUCUAACACCGGAUGAUGUUCAUUAUAUAGCCUUACCAAUCUACCAUUCAGCAGCUCUACUCAUGGCAGUGUCAGGGAGUCUUUACCACGGUGCCACCCUUGCAAUAGCACGGAAGUUUUCGGCAUCACACUUUUGGGAUGACGUCAGGAGGUUUCGAGUAACCAUCUUCCAAUACAUCGGGGAGAUAUGCAGAUAUCUCCUUGCCCAACCUCAGAAAGAGAACGAUGGUGUCUACCCUCGACCGGUGAGGGCGAUAGGUAACGGUCUAAGACCCGAUAUCUGGAGGGAGUUCAAAGCAAGGUUCAACAUCCAACAGAUUUUCGAGUUCUACGGCGCCACCGAAGCCAACUUCGCUUUCCUCAAUACAGAUGACCACGUUGGGAGUAUGGGAAGAUACUCCUGGCUUUUAAAGAGGAAUGUGGGCAACGUAGAAAUCGUUGAUUGUGACACCGAGACUGGAGAACCAAAACGUGGUCGAGACGGUCUAUGCAUUCAGCUGCCUCGUGGCUCGAUAGGCUUGAUGCUCUUUCAGAUCACAGAGCAAGCAGCAUUCGCUGGAUAUCGUGGACCGGAAGACAUGACCCGGAAGAAGAUUGUGAGUGACGUGAAGACGAAAGGAGAUUCAUAUUUCAAUACUGGAGAUCUCGUCAAGAUAGAUGUCGAUGAUUACAUUUACUUUAUUGAUCGUCUUGGAGAUACAUUCAGAUGGAAGGGAGAGAAUGUGUCUACCCUGGAAGUUUCUCAUGCUCUUGGUUUGUUUUCAGCAAUAGUCGAAGCCAAUGUGUAUGGUGUUUAUGUACCAGGUCACGAUGGACGGGCAGGGAUGGCAUCCAUUGUUCUACAUAAAGGAGCCACCUUAGAUUUCUCAGCUCUCUAUCAGCACAUCAGCUCAUCUCUCCCAGACUACGCGCGGCCGAAGUUUCUCCGACUGCUCGAUGAGAUGGACCUAACUGGUACAUUCAAACACAAGAAGACUGAAUUGAUGAAGAGGGGGUUCGCUCCCGAUGGAUACGGAGAAGUUUACAUCAUUGACCCGCUAAAGAUGACAUAUGAACCAAUUAAUCAUGAUCACAUUAAGGUGUUAACAGCAGGUCAUUCAAAGUUAUAAUUCAUCAUGUUUAUUAUAUCAAUAUUGAAUUCAAUCUUGAACAUGGAGACUAGUAUCUUGAAUAUAAUACUUAUCGGUGGUGACGAGCACUACAAUCCUUUAAAAACAUGAAUCAUAUUCACCAAUGAAGAUGUGAAUAUAUAAUUUUGACAUGUUAAUGGUAACCAUGGUAACAGAUUAGCACGGUGUUUGUAUCAAUAAUAAAGCAAGUGUUAAUCUCCAUCGGGUUUUAAAACUAAACCAUUAUCAUGAAAAUGUGUUCAUCUGUUCUCGACAAGUUCGAAGACAUCCAAUGACGAAUCAAUAUCUUGCUAACAAGGAGUUAUAUUAAUUUUACAUUUCUUCGACUGAUAUCUUGCCUAAAUGAAACUGUUGAAUGUAGAUGCACGAAAAUCCUGGUUCUCCUUUUUGUAGUUUUUUUUUCUUAUCGUAAAUAUAUAUAGAAGCUGUCUAAAUAUCUCUGUCUUCUUUAUAAGCAGAUCUUCUCUUCCAAAUAUAAUUUCUUUCAUGAAACAUUUUGUUGGAUCUAAAGGCAUCUAAUCCUAGACGGUUGGUUUAUAUAUAAAUGAUCAAGAAAUUCCUGGUUCCCCAUUAAAUGUAUUCUUAAGCACAAUUUUAAAAAGUACGCUCGACCCAUUAUAUAAUGGGCCUUCCUAAAAAUAUUUGUCUCCGUUUUCUUGUUCUAAUGAAAAUAUGUUAUGGUCUAAAUUUAAAGUGAUAGUCACUAUAGAACAGCCCAUGAUUUUAUUCGAAGGCGAUCAAUCAAAACAAGUAAGAAUUAUGCAGGUGUUUCCAAAUUGGUAAAUUAUCGAAAUACAUGUGCUUAUACACACAAGAUUCAAAGACCAUUUGAAACAUUGAUCAUAUUCAAGGAUAAUGUUAAAGUCAGGGGCGGAUCCAGCUUUCACCAAUAGGGGUGGGGGGGGGGGGCCGAAAAAUAUUUUCAUCAACAUUUUUCUCUAUUGGCCGCUAUAAUCUGUUUUUUUUUAAGGGGGGGGGGGUGGUUUUUCAUGGGGUAGUCCUAACUAAAGACUGAUGUUUUAAGUAUUUGUUAGUUUUUACUGUUAUGAACAAGAUAUAAGGUAUUUCAUGUGGUCUUGAUAUAUAAUGCGAGCGCAAAGCGUGAGCUCAAAUUCUUUGAUAUUUCGUGUCCUUAGACCUGAAGAUUCUGAGCAGUUUUUAUAAUCAUGAACAAAGAUAAGUAUCUAACUAAACAAUGCGAGCGCGAAGCGUGAGCCAAAAUUUUUAGUAUAGUAGGCUUAGCGUGAAAAGGAACUUAUAGGACUGUUUUAGUGACUAAUGAAGAGGAUAAACAUAUCGCCAAACAAAUAAUGCGAGCGCGAAGCGCGAGCUGAAAAUUGUUGACAAUCCGAACUGAAAACUGGACAUUCUAAGCAUUUUUUAAAAUCAUGAACAGGACAGUCAUCUAACUGAAUAACUGGUCCGAGUGCGAAGCGCGAGCUCAUUUUUUUAAAUAUUUUAUGUAUUUAGACCUGAAAGACCUGAAGAUUCUGAGCAGUUUCUAUAAUCGUGAAUAAGAUAUGUAUCCAACAGAACAAUGCGAGUGCGAAGCGUGAGCCGAAAUUUUAAUAUAGUAACGUGAAAAGGGCCUAAAAUGGUACUGUUUUUAGUGAUUAAUGAAGAGGAUACAAGUAUCACCAAUUAAAUAAUGAGAGUGCGAAGCGCAAGCCCGAUUUUUUUUUUAUAUAUUCCGACCUGAAAACUGGACAGUCUAAGCGCGUUUUUAUUUAAAUAAAAAACAAGCUGUGUGUCUCAAACAAUUAAACGCGGGCGCGAAGCGCGAUCUUAAAUUUUUGAUAUACUGACAUGAUAAAGGGACUUUUUGAGAAAUUUUGGUAAGAAUUCCUAAAGAGGAUAGGUAUCUCACAAAUCAAACACUGCGAGCGCGCAGCGCGAGCUGAAAUUUUUGAUAUAGAGUCUAGGUCUAUAUUAACAAUUUGUGUAAAUCAAACAAAAUAAUGAAAGCUUGAUGUGCGAGCUGAAAUAUUGUGUGCAAAUUUAUGUCAGAACUGGAUAUAUUAAGUGCCAUUUAAUUUUCUUGAGUGAGAUUCAUUACGCAGGUAAUGCGAGCGCGAAGCGCGAGCGAAACAAAUUAUAUAAAGUCUGUUUUCCAAUUCUUCCCCUCACCUUUUUCUCGUUUCCUUUCGGGGUCGGGCCGGCCGUUACGAGGCUGUAAAUUACACAUCAUGGGUAAAAGA